AUGAGACAUGUACAAGGACAAGUGGUCGUAAACCUCCCCCAGAAAAUUGCAGCAGAUGAAUUAGAUAGGACUCCAGAGGAUAACUUCCAACCAGAAGAACCAUCCGGAGAAGCAGAGAAGGAAGGAGAAGCAUUAAUAGGUGUCCCAGUGAAUAAGAAGGCUGAUUUGACAAUUCCAGGUCCUAUGAGAAAACGAAUAUUUUUAGAAAGAGAAUCAAAAAAAUGGACUAACUCGAAAAAAAUUAAAUUCUUUGUGAUCAAUUUAAUAUGUACAAUACUUUCCGGAAAGCGCCUAACCAUGGAACAAUGGAAUCAAUCCCUUAAAGAAAUGAAACACAAAAAUGACGAGUGCGAUGAUAAUGGCGUAAUUCUAGAUUAUCUUAUGCAUAAGAAUAAUUUGGAUAGAUACAGGUUUUACUCGAAUGUGAUUUCUAGAAAUCCGUUACAAGUCUGCCAUGAGAUAGAUUUCAUAAUUUUGGAAUGA